CCCAGAUAAAAUUUCCUAAAGGACACACACAAAGCAGCAGUCUCUAAAAACCAAAAAAUGGCUGAGAGAAAGAGGAAGCGACCUGUCUCUACUUUAACUGCCGAUGAGUCCGUUGAGCCAAACAGCGCCUGCAGUGAGCCAUCAGUCAGGUAAUACAAGUUUAGUUCAAUGGUUUUACUUUAUAAACAAGAAUAGAAAGAAAAAACAGUCAAGUGAGAUUGUGCACACUGAAAAACGUUGAGCGUAAAAAGGAUACCUUGUGCUAGAGAUGUUAUUCUUGAAGCAUAUAAUAAAAAAGCAGAGCUGUAAGUCUGUUUACAAGUGGUCAGGUUUUACGUAUGAUGUAGCCUAACCAUUGUUACUGUCUCAAGGACUUGUUAAAUGUUUAUUUUGUACGUUUGUAUGUGUAAGUUCAUGAAUAUUUGAGUUCAUACAGUCAUAUAAAAAUGAAAAAACAUUUGAAGUAUGGGUCACAUGACCAGAGUUGAUUUGAGGGCAUAACCGUGACGUUAUGGGUGAGAGAAAAUGUGGAUGCAGAGCAGAGCAUACAGAGGAGCAACAGACCUCCCUAUUCUGCACUUGAUCAAGAGGGGCACAGGGUAAUUCCUUUCAUUUGUUUACUUCUGUGGAUGGUACUUGUCGGCUUUACAUGGACAAUACUUUUUUUGUUUGGUAAUAUUAUAUGAUUAAUCGCUAACGUGUUUGGGCCUGUUUAUCUAUGAACACUAGCUUGAGAGACUUUAAAAUGAAUGUGAGAUGAAUAUUUUCUUUUCUUCUAGUUUUCACGGUGUCUGCAAAAGAAGGAGAGAGUUAGAAAAUAUAAAUCUUCAAACGACAUCUGUGUGAUGCGUGGCCGUUAUUUCUUGGGACUAGUGUAGCUACAACCUUUAUUGAACAGUAUAUCUAUGUCGGCAGUGACACCACUUAAUCUGAUUCACUGAUCGUGGUUUUCCACAGAAAUUCACCAAAUUCCAAAGUUUGUCCAGCAGAUGUCGCCAUUUUGACCUUGUAAAAUGCUGCUACAGCGCUUCAGAAGGUUUUGUUUCCUCCAUCACUGAAGUGGACAGCAUAUUACCAUAUAAGCUUUAACUUUUCCCAGUGUGUGGUGCAUUAUAUUGAAACUUUGUAUCUGUGUGUAUAGAAUAAUGCAGUCUAAUGUCUGUCUGUUCUGCACCCAACCUGUACCAGCACCCUGGGAUAUCAUGUUGCUGCGGAAGUAUGGCAUACUGUACUGGGGCCACUACCACGAGAUUUAUUGUACUGAAGACAACUGCAUCUACAGCUCCCAGUUUUGUCUCGAUGAAGAGUGAUGGAUCCAAGUUCGAGCUAAUCAAUUUUGGUUUUCAAGAUGCUCAAAGACAGCAGAGGGGGGAACCGUCCAGCAGUUCAGUGUGUUUGGAGGAUCCAGUCUAUUUAAACCAGAGAGAUACUGAAGAAGACAUGCGGGACAACUUCAUUUUCAAAGGAAAGAAGAAUCUUAAAGAAACAAUGAAAAACCAAUUUACUUCGACAUACCAAGGUCAUGGUGAGCAGCAGAGUUCUCUAAACAGCAUCUACACAUCACUCUACAUCACCACUGGAGAGAGUGGAGCUCCACAUGAAGAACAUGCGUUCAGACACAUUAAACAUAAAUUGGAACGACAAUCUUCUAAACAUAUUAACCUCAGUGACAUCUUCAAACCUCUGCCUGGCCAAGAGAAACCCCCCCGAACAGUCCUGACGAAGGGCGUUGCAGGCAUUGGAAAAUCAUUCGCAGUGCAGAAAUUUAUUCUUGACUGGGCCGAGGAGAAAGAGAACCAGGACAUUGAUUUUGUUUUCAGUCUUGCUUUCCGAGAGCUGAAUUUGAGUUCAGGUAACAAAAGCUUGCACCAACUCCUGACUGAAUUUCACCCUGCGCUCCACGAUCUGAAAGAUUCAGAGGAUUUCAUCAGAGCCAGAGUCCUGGUGAUCCUGGACGGCCUGGAUGAAAGCAGACUUCAGCUGGACUUUGAGAACAAGCCGGUAACAUCUGUCAGUGAAGUAACAUCUGUGGGAAAUCUCCUUGCAAACCUCAUCCAGGGAAACCUUCUUCCUGAAGCUAACCUCUGGAUAACAUCCCGUCCAGCAGCAGCCAAUCAGAUCGCUGCAGAGUUUGUGGACAAGGUAAUGGAGAUAAGAGGGUUCAGUGACCCACAGAAAGAGGAGUACUUCAGGAGGAGGUUUCAUCAGGACUUGGGUCUUGCUGACAGGAUCAUUUCACACAUUCGCUCUUCACAGAGUCUGGACAUCAUGUGCCAGAUCCCGAUCUUCUGCUGGAUUUCUGCCGUAUUAUUUCAGGAGAUCUUUGGGGGAGACGAGACAGCUGAAGUUCCUCAAACUCUAACAGAGAUGAUGGCACAUUUCCUGUUUGUGCAGACGAAACGCAGAAGCAGAAAAUAUGACAAGAAGACUGAGAGAAAUAAAGAGACACUUCUGAAAACUCACAAGGAAUUUCUUCUGAAACUCGGCAAGCUCGCAUUUGUUCAUCUGCAGAAGAACAACCUCAUCUUCUAUGAUGAAGACCUAGAAGAAUGUGGGAUUGACAUAAAAGAGGCAGCCAUCCACUCUGGAUUUUGUUCUGCAGUUCUUAGGGAAGACGUCUUUUCUCAGAAAAAGGUCUUCUUCUUUGUGCACCUGACCAUACAGGAGUUCUUUGCAGCUCUUUUUGUCUAUGACUGCUUCACAAACAAGAAUACAAAAGAGCUCGGCGACUUCCUCGACCUGAAGGACAAAGAACAUACUUUGCUUGAUCUUCUAAAGAUGACAGUUGAUAAAGUGUUGGAGAAGAAGAACGGCCACCUGGACUUCUUCCUGCGGUUCCUCCUUGGCCUCACGGUUGAACCCAACCGGAGAGUCCUUCAGGGUCUGCUGACAUCGCCGGACCCAGGCCAAGAUACAGACAAGAAAGUCUUGACUCAACUCAGAGCCAUCCGAAGGACGACCCUCUCUCCAGACAGUUGCAUCAACCUCUUCCAGACCAUGGUGGAGAUGAGAGAUCACAAAGUCAGAGAUGAGCUUCAGGAAUAUCUGACGUUGUCAGAUGGUUCAAAAACAGAGCUGACUCCCCUGCACUGCUCUGCACUGGCCUACAUGCUGCAGGUAUCGAAGAAUGAUCUGGAUGUGAUGGACUUGAAGAGUUACAACACAUCAGAUGAAGGCAGGAGGAGGCUGAUACCAGCUGUGAGGAGCAGCAGAAAGGCCAUACUAGCAGACUGCAAAGUGACUGCAGAGUGGAUUAAGCACCUGGCCUUUGCUCUCAAGUACUCCUACUCAGCUCUGAGACAUCUGGACCUCAGCAACAAUGAUCUGAAAGACUCAGGAGUGAAGCUGCUCUGUGAUGGACUGUCGAGUCAAUGCUGCAGACUGGAGAUAUUGAGGUUGUCAGGUUGUCUGGUCACCAAGGAAGGCUGUGCUCAUCUGGCCUCGGCUCUGCGGUCCAACCCCUCCCAUCUGACAGACCUGGACCUGAGCUACAACAAUCCAGGAGACUCAGGAGAGAAGCUGCUCUCUGAGCUGAGGGACGAUCCACAAUACAAGCUCAACACACUCAACGUUGAACAUGGUGGAAGUGACCGGAUGCAACCAGGCUUCAAGAAAUAUGCCUGUGAGCUCACUUGGGACCCCAGCACAGCCCACAAGAACCUCCUUCUCUCUGAAGGGAACAGAAAGGUGACCUGGGUGAAAGAGGAGCAGCCACAUCAUCAUCACCAAGAAAGGUUUGAUCAGUGCCAACGGGUGCUGUGUGAACAGGGUCUGGACGGGUGCUGCUACUGGGAGGUCGAGGUGUUCGGCCUCUUCAGUGUUGGGGUGACAUACAGAGGAGCUGACAAGGAAGGGAAAUGGGAUGAUUUCAAGCUGGGACAUAAUGACAAGUCUUGGUGUCUGGUUUGCUCUAAUGAUGGUUAUUAUAUUUUGCACUGCAACAACAAAGUAGAUGUGUCUUCACUCGGAUGGCGCUCCAGUCAAGUAGGAGUGUUUCUGGAUUGGCCGGCUGGCACUCUGUCCUUCUACCGAGUUUCCUCCGACAGUAGAGUUCGCCUCCAUACCUUCAAAACAAAGUUCAGUGAGCCCCUUUAUCCUGCUGUUGAACUUCACACUCAGUCCUCUGCAGCAUUUUCUUUAAAAUGACAGUUAAUGUCAAUUACAGAUGCACCUAGCUAACCAAGCUAGCUAGCUCUGCACAGAACCGUUGGCUCCACAGUCUCAGCCAAAUGUGGUCACGUCCGGUGCCGCUGGUUGAGUGGGCAGCUGUAUGUUUGCUACAUUUCUUCAUGUUUUAACAAUAGUGACGUGUAAGUUUGUGCUUUUACUUUGUUUUGAUUAAGUUACAGCAUUUUUAUUUCAUUGGCAGCUAUCCUGAAAGAGCAGCUUAUAUGUCAGAAAAGGUCUGUCCAGAUUUUCAUUGAAUACCAGUUGAUGUUACUUAGUGGAUUCUUAUUCUACAAACUUUACUAAACAAUGUUUCACUGCUGUGGUGCUUAAUCUUUACUUAGUCGAAUCUAAUUGUGAAAACUUAGCUAAAAAAGUUUUUCGUGGUGCUUCAUUUUUACUUAGUGGAAUCGUAUUUUG